AUUGGUAUGCAUAUAUGGAGGAAGAUAUAUUAGUGCUAUGAAGAUGUUUGUAGAAUCAAAAAAAGAAAAUUGUUCCUUGGAUAAAAGACAUACACAAAAAGGAUGGAUAACAUAAAGAUAGGACCAAGUCGUCCAUUGUUCGUUCUCUUUGGUUCAUCAAUAGUGCAGCUAAGUUAUUAUUUUGAUGGCUGGGGAGCAACCCUCACUGGGCUUUAUGCUCGUAAGGCCGAUAUAUCGGUUCGUGGAUAUAUUGGUUGGAACUCAAGAAUGGCUCUUCAAGUUUUGCACAAAGUUUUCCCACAGAAUGAUAAAAUUCAGCCUUCUCUAGUCAUACUUUAUUUUGGUGGAAAUGAUUCAACUGAUCCUGAUGUUCCUAACAGCCCUAAUGUUCCUCUUGAUGAAUAUGUUGAAAAUAUGAGAAAAAUUAUAUUUCAUAUCAAGGGCCUUUCAGAAAACACUCGUCUAAUUAUGCUAAGCGCUCCUGCGGUGAAUGAGCAACAAAUUAUUGAAUUUUAUGGGUCUAAUAUGGGUAGAACAAAUGAGAGAGCUCGCAUAUACUCAAAAGUUGGUAUCAAAUUGGCCCAUGAAGUAAACGUGAAGGUUAUUGAUAUUUGGUCAGCGCUCCAUGACCGUCCUGAGGUCUUUUGGGAUGGAAUGCAUUUAACAAAAGAAGGAAGUGAGAUUGUGUUCAAUAAAAUCAAGGAGGUAAUCAAAGAGGCAGAGUGGGAGCCAACCCUAGAUUGGGACAAAAUGCCUGAUGAGUUUGAUGAGAUUAAGCCUAAUGAUUUGUACCUUGAGAAGCUGAUGGAUGGUAUAAAUAAAAUGGUGGGGAUUUCUGGUUCUCGUGAACUUAAAUCAGAGUAGGCUAUCUAAAUUACAUUUUUUUGGUGUAAUUUUUCCUAAACUCUGCUAAUAUGGAAUGAUUUGUGUAGCAAUCUACUCAAUAAAAUAAAAAUUAUCAAGAAAAAUAAGACCAAGUACUAGUCAAUCUCCUAUUUUAUUUCCUGUUUGAUGCAUCCAAAUAAACUCUUUUGCAAAAGAGUACCAAUAUAUGUUCCUGGGAAGGUUUUGCCUUUUUCUAGGAAUUAUGGUUUAAUUUGUUUUGUUGUAGGAUGUUUCUGAGUGUGCUAUGCAAUAAAUGUAUUUUGGAAAGGUAUUAAUGGUCGAAUGGAAUAAUGAUUAUGAUAUUUGCUCAUUACUCGUUAAAAAUAGUGUUCAAUAAAUUAUGUGGAAUAUGCAUUAGUAUGAAGAAAUUAAUAUGAA